GGGGGGGGGGAAGAUGCAAAAAAGGGUGAGAGGCGUCACCACGGGAAUGGUGGAGAGGGAGCGGUUCACAACGUUAACUGCAAGAGGCGUGGAAAACGUACUCCGCCCCUUCGGCAUGACAGCGCAUUCCAGCAAAAGAGGGGCACUGGCGCAUGCAGCCGCAGGGGUGAUCGAACACGAUCUCGGCCUUCGACUGCUGGCUCAGUUGGGAAAACACGCAAAUCCUCUAGAGCUGCCACGCCGCACGGCUCGUUGCAUAGGGCCUUUGGUGGCCCUGGUAAACAAGUCGGCAUACCUGACGGCGUGUAUCUGGACAGGGCCAGCAAAUGGGCUAUGUUUCCAUGGGCCUAUCCGGGCAGAGGGCAGGAUAAGGGAAAACUUUUUCAAGGGCAGAGCAUUUUGCGACGCACCCAUUGCACGCGGGUGGCCGAUAAGAACGGUGAAAGAAGGCUGCCGUUACAAAAGGUAGAUGUGUAUACUCUUUCACUGCGCUUGGUCCGGAGCCG